CGUAGUACCGUGGUAUUUACGUGGCGCCUUAUCAUAUGCGGCCGUAGUAGAAAUAACUGCUAUUGUGUUGAUUGUGAACUCGGGACGUACAUGUACAGCGCGCUGUACAUCGCACACAGAGUACACGGUUAGAUCCAUAAAAAAGUACCGAUUUUCGUUUCCCCAUUUGUUGUUAAAUAUCACCACAAUGCUUUGGUUUGAAGGCUCCAUUACCGCUGCUAUCACAACAGCAAAACAGCGCAAUGUUUUGUUUGUUGUUUAUGUUCGAGGAGAUGAUGAUGUCACAAAGAUGAUGGAUAGUACCUGGGAGGAUGAAGAAAUAUCCAAUCUGUGUAAAGACUCUGGCAUGGUGGCCGUGAAGUUUGAUGCAGACAGUGAUGAAUGUAAGCAGUUCUCUCAGUACUAUCCAGUGAUAUAUGUUCCCUGUGUAUCUUUCAUCUCUGGGGAGACUGGCAUACCCCUUGAAGGCACUGCUGGCCACAUCAGCCCAGCUGACUUCAAACAAAGAAUUCAGAAAGUUUUAGAGAUGUCCAGGCAAGGCCCUGCUUCAACUCCUAAAGUCCAGGCUGCAGCUCAGGCCUCAGGUAGCACCUCCAGACCACCGGCAAUGGCACCAGUGACCACCGCAAGUCCACAACCAUCUCCUGGGGCUCAGGCCUCAACUACCCUGGCUCAAGCUGCAUCCUCUACCCAAAUCCCACCUGCAAGUACAGCUACUAGCCAGAGCCAGCAGAAGGAACUGAGUAAGUUGGAGAAGGCAGCUAGGCUGAGACAGAAGAUGGAAGAGAUCCACCAACGCAAGGAGGCUCAGAAGGAAGAGGAGAUUAAAAGGAAAGAAAUAGAGCGAAGGAAGGUGGGUCAAGCUGUCCAGAAAUCCAUGACAGAAAAGGCUGAUCAACAGGCCAGACGAGCUGCUGAGGAAAUACGUAAAGAGAAGGAAGAGAGCCGGCUCGCCAAGGAGCGUGUCCGAGAGCAGAUUGCUAGAGAUCGGGCUGAGAAACAGUCACGUUAUGAAGCCAACAAAAGAGAGAAAGAAAAGACACAGGCAGCAGCCAAGGAGACUGCAAGUACAGCUAACGAAGCACCCAAGAGGAAAGUCAACAUGUUGAAGGAGAGGAGUCACAAGAAGACCCCUAAACAUCUGCAGAGACGCAAGCGAGACAAAACGUACGUGUACCCAUGUUCACUUUGUUUGAAAGAGUAUCAUGCCAAGGGGAGCCUCAAACGUCACCUGAAAAUUGAACAUGGCCCAAGGUUAUUCGGCUGGUGUCGAAGGUGCGAGUAUCAUUGCAACAGGCGGGACAAUUUAAGAAGGCAUUACAUACAGGUUCAUGGCCAUCACAUCAAAGACCUUGAAACAAUAGCCUGGGAAACACUUGAACAGAGGAACAGUAGGGUGUGGCUUGAAACUGGAGAGAAGCAAUUGGCUGUCUCUAAGCCCAAAUGCAAACAGAAGAGGAAGACAGGCAAGAAGACAUUGAAUGCUGUUCGCCGAAAUUUAAAAAGAGGUUGUUGGUGGGCGUUGCCGUGUGAAGAUUUCACUGGAAAGGCUCCUACACAAUCAGUGGCUGAACAUUAUCAGCCGGAAGACAGCAUAGAAAAUUCAAGUGGAACAGAGAAACCUGGGGAGUUGGUUCCUGUCAAACUUGAAGCAGAGGAGAUCCUUGAGUUGCGGUCAUCACCACAGCCAGCAUCUUCCUCUGCCACCCUCUCUCAGGAUCCAGACCUGGAAGGCGAGCAUUGGUCAGGCAGUUGGUACCAGUGCCCAGAAUGUGUUAAUACUUACCACCAUUCCAGCAGCCUUUUGCACCAUUUGCAAAGGGAGCAUGGGCAAUUCACAUUUUUCUGUUGUCGAUGGUGCAGUUUUAGAAGUGAGAGAAAAGAAGACCUGAGAAAGCACUAUUGGAGAACGCAUCCACUACAGAUGGAGGACAUAGAUUUGAUAACACCUGAGACGAUGACAGUGAAAGAGAUGGGAGAACACCUGGACUUGCAACAGGGAAUUGAAGUUGUUGCUGAGUAUGACCAAAGAUUGAAUGAGUCACUAUCUCCUAGACAAAACAGCUCCACAUACAAUGAAAUGCCAGAGACAUGCACCAAGCAGUUUGGAAAAAGCAGCAGUCCAUCACCAAGUGCAUCUAAGAUAGUGGCUGAGCAACCUGCCAACAGAGAUGUAUCAUUGGCAGCUGAGCAGGUAUUGCAAGAUGCUAGUCUUGCCAUCUCACAAGAAGAUGUAUCAUCUGUGAACUCUUUGUUUCCUGUGGGGCAUUCAGAGUUACAGCAAGCCCCCAACAGUACCAGUAGCCUGAAGAUCUUGGACUCUGACAAUUCCGUCGCAGGCACCCACAUGAGUUGUUCAUCUGAACCUGUGCACACCCCAGCUGAUACUGUAGAUGCGGAGUGGCAGGUACAUGUACAGCACAACAAAGAGACAGUUGGCUGCUUCAAGUGCCCAAAAUGUAGUCAUGAAUUUCUCCAACAGGGGAGUCUGUAUCGACAUCUCCGACUCAGUCAUGGGCCUCAGGCAUUUUUUUGGUGCAGAUACUGUGAAUUUCGGACUAACCGAAAGGACAACUUCAAGAGGCACUACAAAAAGUUGCAUCAAAAACAUAUCGGGGAAGUGAAGAAGAUCACCGUUGAAACUUGUGAGGAGAAAGAGAGUCGUGUAAAACAUGAACAAAUGAAGGUGGUGAAGUUAACAAAAUUUCCAAGGCAAUCUAAAAAAGGAUUGUUUAAAGCCCCAUCAGGUGGCAGCCAAGAAGAGACACUGCAAGAGAGGGGAGAGUCAGUCAGUGUUGCAAGUUGGUCUUCAAAUUUAGAAGAACAGCUUUCAGUGCAGAUGAAUGAGUCUCAAUCAUGUCACAGUCCCAUAUCUCAACCCAUGCAAAUGUCACCUACGAACAGGGUGCUAUCACCAAGGGUACAGUUAGUAAAGAUUGUCCUCCCAGAACAACAUCCGGCACCACAUGAUGCAGCACGUCAUACAGGAACUGACAAUGCACUCACAGCCAGUGGCUCCGUUGAUAACACCUUACAACACACAGCUAACACUGUGAUCCAAGAAGAAUCUCACAACCCCUUGGAAGGAAGUACGGCAGGCAGUGUUAUCACAAAGUCGCACUUCACCACACUAAAAGGAAGGAAAUCUUCAAAAGAUCAUGUGACACAGAGCAUGGCCAAGGUUUCCUUAGAUCGCCCACAGAAACGGUUUAAAUGCAGUGAGGUCACAGAUCCUCCGAACAGUCAGAGUACUUCAAGACAGAGUGUGGGCUGCAGUCCCUUACAUUAUCCACCUAGCAGUGCAACACUAAGCUCAUGCCAACGUUCCUUUGUCCACCAGCAAAGGAAACGGAACCAAAGUGCAUUCCAAAAGUUGUUGAAUGCACCACAGGGAAAUAUGUCUCUCAGUAUCGCCCAAAAAGAGCCAAUAUCCCAAGGAAAUGCAGCACUUCAUAUUAUCGAAGAUUCACCCGUCUGUUCUCCAGUACAAGUGACAAGCAACAGAGAAUUCAUUGAGUUGAAUUCACAAGAAAAUGCAGUAGAUGGCAGUAAUAAGGAUGUACCAAGCUCAUCACAAAAACAUGACAUCAAUACCAGGGGUCAUUCUGUGCUGAAAUCAAAACAUAUAAAUAUCAUUGGAAAUGCAGGGCAUAAAUCUCCGAUAGUCGCACAUCAUGCAAUCCAAAAUCCUCUGAACUCACCACAGAGAAAUAUGACCCAUAACACAGGUCAGUUUGCGUGUAGCACACCACAAAUAACUGCUAAAGAACACAAGUCACCCAAUGUGAAACAAAAUAGACUCCAGGGUUCUCAGAAUUCUGUGAAUUUGCAAGGGCAAUGUGCAGCAUGCACAUGUCAUUUGGCGGAAGAUUUAUGGGUCUCACCACAAGACAGUGCAGCAAACCACACAGUGCGGGAAGAGAGCCCAGUAACAUCUACAUCAGAGAGCCCAUGCAUUCCCCUCACUCGCUUGGAAGAGGUGCUCCGUGGAAAGGUCACCAAGGUCACUGAGGAGAGUCACACGGUCAUAUAUCAAGAUGGCAAAAGGAUCAAGGAGGAAACAGUGAAGAGGACCUAUGAAGUCAUGUUUGAGGCAGAUUUUGGAAACAGGACAGUAACACCCCGCUACUAAACUCAAAGCUUUAUGAGAACCAGGCUAAACUUUAAAGCAUUAAAAGAAUUAUCUAAAAACAGAACGAAAAAGGUACAUGUAGAAUUCAGAUGGAUGUCAGCUAAACUUGAUACAAUAUCCCAAGAAAUAGUAUUUUCUAAAUUGUAGGAACGAGUAUUCUUUUGGCAGUGAGGUAAUUUUUGAAAUUUGGUGCCCCCAACACAUGAGAGAGCAAAGGUGAAAAACAGGCACAAGUGAAAACAGAAAGUGAAGAUUAUCUUUGAAAUCUAAAAUCCAGUGUUGUCAAGUCAACCCUGUAAAGAAGCAGGAAUGUUCAUGAAAGCUGGAUCUGUACUCAACAAGUCUACUUCCGUGUAUAAAAGUCAGUCGAGUGAACAGCAUCCAACCCUCAUCCUUACCCACCCCAUGAAAAAAAUAAUAGCUUUAGGGUUACUGUCUAAUAUCUUUGUCUAGUUAAUAUGUAGCAGUCCUGGUCUAAAUUGUACAUGUUUAUGUUGCAGUUCAAAUGGUCAUAUUUAUGUGUACACUUUGCCUCUUCGUUCCAUGUAAUUCCACAUCAUGAGUCUUCAGGCCAUAUUUUAGUAACAGUUUAUGUUUGCCGUGGAAAGAGCACACUUAGCUUUUUGAUUGGAAUAUCUUGAUUUAAGUGGACAUUAUGUGGUUUAAAAAUGUCGAUGGUUCUGAUUGAUUUUCAUUUGGCGAAAUUCGUUUAAGGCCCUUCUCUGAAAGUGGCUCUGGCAACGUGCAACUCAAAUGUUUCAGGUUUUUUCAAAUUCAACUACACUACCAUUAAUGCAG